UGCUUUUAGCAUGGUGGGUGUAUGAGCAAACCUCCCUCUUGCACGCUUUAUGGGGGGCUGCGAUUCCAGCCCAGAGCUCUCUUUUAGCUGAUCCAAAAGAGCAUUCCCAACCAGCAAGUCGAGAAGCGCGCCAGGCUGAUCUAUAAAGGGGCUGGGCGGCUUUGUGCAAAAUAGAAAGCUGGAGGACUGACAGGAUGUGAUCCUCUGGAACAAAUGUCUUUCACAGAGAGAGAGAGACGCCCCAGCUUCUAGUUACAUCUCUGGCAGCGGACAACAAUUCUCAGCUUCGCUUACCAGGGUUAUUACUGGCCGCCUGCAAAAAGAGGCUUUGGCAGCCCCCUCGUGUCCUUCUUCGAAAAGGGCAGCUGGCUCGUCCCGGAGGACAUUGCAGAGAAGGGAGAGCACGGGCAAAGCGGCUGCGAGCGCCCCGGGCGGGAAGAAACCUCUUGCUCUUCGCUUUCCCUAAAGCGAACUUGCCUUCGGCAUCAUGCACAGCUACGGGACGCCGAGGCAGAACGAGGAUUAAGGCGGGAAAAGAGGCGCGGUGGGGUGGCUGGGCAGGGCGGGGCGGCGCUGGGAGCUCAUCCUUCUCCUAAGGGGGAGCGCCCCGGGUAAGAAGCAUCGCCGUGCCGACCGAAAGACGCUCCUCGCCGGGAUCCCGUGCAGGCUAGAAGCCGAGCGCCAUGGAAGGGAGCCCGAUCCCGGUGCUGACCGUGCAGACGGUCCCGUACGAGGACCAGAAGCCGACGGGUGGCGGCGGGCUGAGGAGGCCCACGGCGGUCUUCGAGGGCCAGCGCAAUUACUUGCCCAACUUCAUUCAGAGCCUGCUUUCCUCCAUCGACCUGCGCGACCGCCAGGGCUGCACCAUGGUGGUGGGCAGUGACGGCAGGUACUUCAGCAGGACGGCCACCGAGGUGGUGGUGCAGAUGGCAGCAGCUAACGGGAUUGGAAGAUUGAUUAUUGGGCAGAAUGGCAUUUUAUCCACUCCUGCUGUGUCCUGCAUUAUCAGAAAGGUCAAAGCUGCUGGGGGGAUUAUUCUCACAGCUAGCCACUGUCCUGGAGGACCUGGAGGAGAAUUUGGAGUAAAGUUUAACAUUGCCAAUGGAGGUCCAGCUCCAGAUGUUGUUUCUGAUAAAAUUUAUCAGAUCAGCAAAACCCUUGAAGAAUAUGCCAUUUGCCCAGAUUUGAGAAUUGAUUUGUCUCGGUUGGGAAGACAGGAGUUUGAUCUGGAGAAUAAAUUCAAGCCUUUCCGGGUUGAGAUAGUGGACUCUGUGGAGGUUUACCUUAAUCUUCUGCGGACCAUCUUUGAUCUCAGUUCUAUUAGAGGCUUGCUAACUGGGCCAAAUCAACUUAAGAUCAGAAUUGAUGCCAUGAAUGGAGUGAUGGGCCCCUAUGUCCGGAGGAUCCUGUGUGAGGAAUUGGGAGCUCCUGCUAAUUCUGCAGUUGAUUGUGUCCCUCUGGAAGAUUUUGGUGGCCAGUACCCUGAUCCAAACCUAACAUAUGCCACUUCCUUGUUGGAAGCAAUGAAAGGAGGAGAGUACGGAUUUGGAGCUGCAUUUGAUGCUGACGGGGACCGCUACAUGAUUCUGGGUCAAAAUGGAUUUUUUGUUAACCCUUCUGAUUCCUUGGCCAUUAUUGCAGCAAAUCUCCAUUGCAUUCCAUAUUUUAAUCAGAUGGCUGUGCGAGGGUUUGGUAGGAGUAUGCCUACCAGCACUGCCUUGGACAGGGUUGCAAAAUCAAUGAAAGUACCUGUAUAUGAAACACCAGCAGGAUGGAGGUUCUUCUCAAAUCUGAUGGAUUCUGGUCGAUGCUCUCUUUGUGGAGAAGAAAGUUUUGGCACUGGAUCUGACCACAUCCGAGAGAAAGAUGGACUUUGGGCUGUUUUAAUUUGGCUCUCAAUUAUGGCAGCUCGAAAGCAGGGCGUGGAGGAAAUUGUUCGAGAUCACUGGACAAAAUUUGGCCGUCACUAUUAUUGCAGAUUUGAUUAUGAAGCCCUGGAUCCUAGAAUGGCAUACUACAUAAUGAGAGACCUGGAAGCCUUGAUCACUGACAAAUCUUUCAUUAAUCAACAGUUUGCUGUUGGAAAUAAUGUUUACACUGUGCAGAAAGCAACUAACUUUGAAUACGUGGAUCCCGUAGAUGGCACUGUGACCAAAAGACAGGGGUUGAGGAUUAUAUUCACUGAUGCUUCCAGACUCAUCUUUAGAUUAAGUGCUUCUAGCCAUGUGCGUGCCACCCUUAGAAUCUAUGCGGAGAGCUAUGAAAAAGAUCCCAGCAAACAUGAGAGGGAGCCACAGGCAGUUUUGAGUCCGCUCAUUGCCAUUGCACUGAAAAUAUCUCAGAUUCAUGAGAGGACAGGUCGUAAGGGUCCUACUGUCAUCACCUGAAGGAGAAUUGCUGACUCAGGGCCAAACUCGGGAGGACAAGGAAGAAUGAAGACAUUGCUCAAACACACCAGUUCUUUGUGCCUUAUAUUAGCUUAAGGGCUUGGGGGCAGUUGGGAGGGAGGUGGAUGGACAAAAUUUAUUUUGAGUUUCAUUAUUAAGAAAAAUGUGCACUUGUCUCUUAUAGCUUCAGCAUCUUCUUGUGAUGCAAAUAAUUAAAACCAGGGCUCUCUCUGAACAAUGUCAAGAUUUAUUUAUAAGAGAUGAUAAAAAAAAAGAUUCCUGUGUUUUGCAUUUGCAUUUGCAUACAUGUUUCCUUAGCUAGAGCUGGCUGAAAAACAUAGAUUUUUGAUAAUAGUGUUUUAUGAAUCUCCCAUCAUAAUUUCAAAAGAAAGCACUCUUAUGAUAGUCAAGAACAUUUUUAGGAGCUCAAAAACAAAAUAUUAUUCUUAGGUUACCUUAUUUUCUAAACCCAUCUGGGAGUUAUGAUGGAUUGAUUUUGAAUUAAAAUAUAAUAGGGCUCUUAUUUUAGAUAGUUGAAGUCUCAGAGUGUGGAACAACCUAGAACAGGGGUGUCAAACUGGCGGUUCACGGGCCAGAUGCGUCACGUGCAGGCCACCCCCACUCCAGCUCCACAAAUGGGAAAAGCAUCACAUGAUGGCAACAUGACGCAGUAAGUUUGACAUCCGUGAACUAGAAUAUCAGCAAUUUUAUCCUUUCUUUGGGCUGUUACAAAGCAUUUGUGUAAUGCAGUGAACCACAAACUAGCCAAUCACAUUUUAGCCUAGUGACCCUAGGGCUUUGUGACUCUUGUCUGUGUGGUUAAUUUAUGGUUCAGUGAUUUCUACAAAUUUGGAUUUAUUAAGUAAACGAUGAGUUAAUGAUGAGUAGGUUCAUGUUGUGUGACCAUAGCCAUUGAAUCCAAGGGGUGCAGCUUAUGAGCAGAAUCUGCAGGUGGGGCUAUUCUAAUCAAUGAGGUUACAAAUAUGUAGCCCAGCAGGUUUAUUUGGAAAUAGGUCCCCCUGAGUGUCAAAAAAAGUGUAAUCUUCCAUAAAUAUGCCUAAUUCUGCAGCUUUAUCCUGAGAUUUUAGUUAGCUGAUUAUCUUUUUCAAAGCAUACUGGCAACUGCCACUUCUAAUUUCUCAGCUCAAUUUUUAAGACUAAUGACUACAUUUUUAUGCACCAGCUGCUACAUUUAUACACACUUUAUGUAACUAAAUCUUACGUAUUUAAAUGGAAAAAUGAGAAGUUACCUUGCAGCAAUCUGUUUGGCAAACAGCUUUCAUGUUUUGUUCCUGUCUGCUGUUAUUCAUAAACACCAUCGCCAGCAUAACUGGUUUGUGUGUGUGGUCUCUCUGCUUGUAGCUUAAAAAUGGGACUGCUUUUUUCUACUUACAGUAUUUCUUCAACCACUUUUUCCUACUCUGAUUCAGCUCUAUGCAGCUUCAGUUUAAGGAAAAUACCUUUUUGCAAUUAGAUUUGUAUUCUGGAUUUAUCUCCUACUGUGGAGCUCUCUUGACAAUGAUCCCUCUCCUUUUGUUAUCAGUUUCUCUUUUUAGAAGUAAAUCUUUAGGAUAUUUCCCUCUCACUCUUGUGUGCAUGUUCACUAUCGCUCUCUCAUACACAAAUACUUAAUUAAAAUUAAUUUAAUUCAAAACCUUUUAAAAAUACCUUUCAAGAUAUAUUUAUGUCCCACUUUUUAAAAGGGCUAAUUAUUACAGCAGAGUUUUAACAGAUGGAUCAGCUAACAUUUUUUUAAACCAAACACCAAACACCAGAGACAGUAGAAGAGACAGUAAAGCUAAAAAGGAAACCAUUCCUCUCCCACAGCCAGUACCCAGAUAAACAGGCAUUAACACCAGACAAACAAUCCAGCAGAAAACAAUAUCCUAAUCAAGUAAAUACCAAGCAGAAAACCACAUCCCCACCAACCCUGGCAGGGCAAGUUACUUAUAUAUGAACAGGGCAAAUUACUUAUAUAUGAACAGGCAGAAAACCCACAUUCACUGAUGAGGAUGAUGGUGAUGAUAAUGUUAUCUAGUUGGGUAAUGAAAUAUCUGCAAGCAAACAGAGAGGACCAAGAACUCCACAAACAUAUGAAUUUGGAUAAGGUGAAGGAAAUGAGUCUGUGUGGUGUGUUCCAUUGUCAUGCACCGAUUUAUAAUCAUAAUUCAGAAAGUUGGAAGUGACAUAAGCAACAUAAUCUGUCUUUUAAGGACUGUAUGCCCUUACAUACCGUGGUUGGAGAUCCAUAGUGUAGUUUAAUUGUUUUGUAUGAGAAUAUGACUCGACAACUAGGAUUCUGCUACUGAAUCCAUCCUCGCAUAACAUCAAAAUAUUUAAAUGUUCUGGCAUGUUGGAAGUGUAAGAUUCCUGCUUCUAUAUACCCCUUAUCAAUAUCUCUGAAACAUUACAUCAGAAACAAUUUUUAAAAAACCAUCACUCCUUUACAGCAGAUAAUUUCCUCAACCUUGAAAAUGGAAUUUAGGAUCCUUUUAAACUAAAGCAGAAGAAAAUCUGGGUUUUUAAAAAAAAAUCUAAAACAAGGGUGCCCAACCUUGGCAACUUUAAGGCUUGUAGAUGUCAAUUCCCAGAAUUCCCCAUGCUAGCUAGGGAAUUCUAUGAGUUAAAGUCCACAUGUCUUGAAGGAGCCAAAUUUGGGCACCCCUGCAGUAAAACCUCAAAUGGUAGAAGAGAGCUAAAAAAGGAAAGCAGGAAGACAGUGGAAACAUUAGAAUUAAAAUGUGCUGUUUUGCAUAACUCUGGACAAAGGAAUUACAAUUCCAUUUUCCAAGUAAUUUAAUCAAGAGACAAGGCUUCGGUGCAUGAAAGUGUAUGGAGCUGAAGAGGGAAAUUUUCCCAACUAAAACACCAUCUAGGUGGUUAGCAAAACUGUAGUAGAAGUUUUAGAAAUAUUUGCCUAGUUCAUUUAAUGAAAAGCUUGCCCAAUGUCUUACUAAAAGGGGAAUAUGGCAGAGGAAGGAGGCUUGCUCAGUGAAUGUUGGGCUAUGGAAAAUGUUUUUUGAGUUUGUAAAAUAAGGGUGUCCAACUUUGGUGAUGGCAACUUUAAGAUUUGUGGACUUCAACUCCCAGAAUGCUGACUGGGGAAUUCUGCGAGUUGAAAUCCAUAAGUCUUAAAAGUUGCCAAGUUUGGCUAACCCUGCUGUAAAAUAUGAACAUGGCUCCAUCCAUAGCACAAAACUGCGACAUAAAACUUGUCACUAAUUCAAAUAUUUUUUCUUCUUGGGAAGCUGAGGUGUGACUGUGUCAUUACAACAGCUUUUGUAAAAUCUGGAAUCAAAUGUUCAUAGCCUGGUAUGCAGCGGCAAACCUUCAUUUCUAGUGCAAUCUUGAAUGCUGCGGUAUUUUAAGUAGCUGGCUUGGAUUCUUUUGAUAUUUUUCAAAACUUACUAUGACAUUUAAUAAACUGCUGUGUCCUAUUUGCCUUGCAUGAAAUCGCUGAUGGAAAACAGCUUGCUCCAAUGCAACAGUUUUGUUUUUUUUAAAGCUGUGUCUAGGUAAACGAGGCACUGAUUUAUCUUUGCACAGUGUUUUAUUGCAGUAUUAUUAAACAGAUUUUUUUUGUAAGUCAAAUACUUUUGUUCUGUUUUAUAUAACAUUACAAAGCAUAUAAUCCUUUGGCUGCCCACAGCAACAAGUAGCUAGUUUGGUUUAUUUCGUGCUGGCCUUUCAUAAGUGAUAUAAAGAUUUGCUGGAGGAUUUACUGUAUAUGGAGUGAGCUAAAAGCUGAGCACAAUUUAAGAAAUCUUUGUAAAUGAAAUACAACUUCUGAAUUAAAACGCAUACAUAUU